UACUGCGUAGUGCGCGCAGGUGAUUCAGUUGUCGGUGCCACCUUCUCGUGGUGGAAAACAUGGGAAAACUCCAAGAAUUCGAUAUAACUUUUAAAGACAAUAAAGUUGUUUAUAGUCCUGGAGAGUCGCUUUCAGGCACUCUGAAAAUCACAACCACCGAAGCUCUGCUAUGUAAAGAUAUCAAAGUGAAUUGCCAAGGCUUCUGUGGUGUCACCAGCAAGAGCAAUGACACAGCCUGGAUGGUGGAAGAGCAGUACUUCAGCAUCACGCUCUCUGUGGCAGAUAAAGGAACUCUGAAACCGGGAGAUCACAGUUUUCCGUUCAAGUUUCUCAUUCCAGCCUCUGUUCCCACAUCCUUUGAAGGAAACUAUGGAAAAGUUAUGUACAGAGUGAGGGCUUUCAUUGACACUCCUCGCUUCUCUAAGGACUAUAAGGUGGAGAAGCCUUUCUACCUGCUGAGUCUCCUCAACCUCAAUGAUGUACCUGACAUCCAUGGACGUAGUUCAUCUUCCGUUACUAAGAAGUUCACCUACCUACUGGGGGUAAAGACAGGAACUGUGGUGCUGAAGGCCCAUAGUGACAUGAAGGGCUACACGCCUGGUCAGGUCAUCCAACUGACCACAGAGCUCAACAACCAGUCUGGGAAAACCACAGGGACUGUGGUAGCCUGUCUCAUUCAGAAAGUAACUUACCAGACAAAGAAGCCUACCAUUGACUUGAGGACUUUAGUGCAGGUGGAGGGUGCUGGGGUGAAGGCUGGCAAACAAGUUGAGUGGAAGGAGCAGAUUAUUGUACCUCCUCUGCCCCAGUCAUCUCUGGCUGACUGUGGUCUAAUAAACAUGGAAUACUUUAUUCAAAUCUCCUUGAAAUCUCCUGAGGCUUCGUUUUUGUUGCCCAUCCACAUUGGAAACAUCUCAGUGGAUACCACGUCAGCACGACCCUCCAGACCCCCUCCUCCAACCACCGAUCCUUCUCGCUCCUCCGCAAACCCUACCAAGCUAGAAAAUAGCAGACGCUCUGAUCCGUCCUCCCAAGACCAAGACACUCCUACUACCCCUUGCCCUUCUCCCCACCCAGCCCCAAAACCUGUUCCCAGAAUCAGAGUCUCCACUUCCUCCCCUGCCUCCCCCAGUGCCCCUCCAGCUGAGAUGGACUAUCUGGUCAUGGGCACCAAGGGGCAGGUGACCGAGGCCCUCCCAACUGAGAGCCACUCCCAGCUUGGUUUCUUGAGCUCUCAGGCCACUGUCUCCCCCAGUGCCUUCAGCUAUGCCCCAGGCCUCACCUUCUCCCAGAACCAGUCCCAGAGUGACGUCACAAACCCAACGGGCCCUUUGUUCUGUGUGUCCACAGGCGCCACCAUCCCAUUCUUCUCUGAGGGCAGUACCAACCCCAAGCCUACCCUCUACCCACUCCUGCCUCCUGAGUACAGCACCUCAACACUCCCACAUGAGGCUCCUCCCAGCUAUGUCGAGAGCUGUAGCAGCAACACAUAAGACAACGUCAUGACACAGGAGAGACUGCUGGCAAAACUGAACAUGACAACCAACCUCCCUUCUACUCGAUCAUGCUGCCAGAUAGACCUCUUAAGUACGUCAGCCCAGGUUAAGCAACACCUUUUUUAUGAUUACUGAUUGCUUUCACACAUUGUUUGCGCUUUCAGGAUAGUAAUGUUUUUACAUAAACAAUUUUUAUAGCUGGAGAAAAGUUUUCAAAGUUAAGUCAGGGUAGAAUUAGUUAAGAAUAUGUUGAAAUUGUAUUUUUUUUUUUUACUAGGCAAGUCAGUUAAGAACAAAUUCUUAUUUACAAUGACGGCCUACACCGGCCAUACCCGGACGAAGCUGGGCCAAUUGUGCGCCGCCCUAUGGGACUCCCAAUCACGGCCGGUUAUGAUACAGUCUAGAAUUGAACCAGGGUGUCUAGUGAGGUUUUAGCACUGGGAUGCAGUGCUUUAGACCGCUGUGCCACUCGGGAGCCAAAACACCUAUGAUUGAAACCAAGUGAAGAUCCAUGAAGCCCACUAGCAACUGCCCAGGCUAUGUUUUAUGUAACCUGUAUGUUUAUUUAUUGUUUUCACUAAACUGUAUAUUCAUAGACAAUUCACUAUGUUCUAUAUCCAAAUGUUUUAUGCAUAGGAAAUACAGUGCCUUGAUACUCAACAAUGCACAACCUAAUAAAAUUGUGUUAUAUGUUUAGCCAUUUUUGUUUUGCUUUUUUUACUAUGCCAGGGUAAUUGUACAUCUCUAGUUUUAGGCCCAUUUAUCAGUUGUAAACAUGAAGGGUCCUGCACUCCAAUAUAGAUGUCUGCUCGACAGGGAUUCUUGCAAGUCGGUACAAUUCUUGUCUGACAGGGAAACUUUAUUUUUAUAGUUGCACUUUUUAAAGCAUAAUCAUAUUUAGUGGAAUUGUAAGGUAAAAGCUGUAUGCUUGGAAAUGCCCUUGUCUGGAGCAGAGCAUCCAAAUUUCAAACUGUCCAGAAGUGUUUAAAAUUCUAAAAUCUCUCUCCCAGAUAAAUAGGAAUUUUUAUUCAAAUGUUUUUUUAAAUGAGGUUUCAAAGCAACCAAGGAAAAACUAAAUUGCUACUUUGUAUACUACUUAAAUGAAGAAAAAAGCUAUUUUUGUCAACUCCGUCUUGAUUUUUAAAAGAAAGUUUAUUUAACUGAAUUGCCUAGUUAAGAACAAAUUCUUAUUUACAAUAACGCCCAGGAACAGUGGAUUUACUGCCUUGUUCAGGGGCAGGGCAACAGUUUUUUACAUUGUCAACUUGGGUAUUCGAUCUAGCAACCUUUCGGUUAUUAGUCCAAAGCUCUAACCACUCGGCUACCUGCUUCUCCAAGGACGUUAACUCUGACAGUGCUGAUAGACUGGUUGUUUUGGGGGGAUUAUUGUUGACAUUUUAAAAACGUUUAUUGAUUUUUUUUUUAGAAGCAACAAUAUGUCUGUUUUGAGUAUCUGUCAACUCUGUUAGAGGCUUGUCAACUCCAUUACUGAUGGAUAAACCUCUUAAGAUUAGAAUGUUUUUGUCAAUAUUCAGGAAAAAUAUUUUGAUGCUUCCGCCUGCAGUGUACAUCGCUCCUGCCUGUCAAACACCUGCUGUCCUUAACAGAACCUGCUGUCAUUUAUAGAGCUGCGGGAAAGCAGUGCCGUGUGGUCUGAUAUAUAUAUACUGCUCAAAAAAAUGAAGGGAACACUUAAAUGACACAAUGUAACUCCAAGUCAAUCACACUUCUGUGAAAUCAAACUGUCCACUUAGGAAGCAACACUGAUUGACAAUAAAUUUCACAUGCUGUUGUGCAAAUGGAAUAGACAACAGGUGGAAAUUAUGGGCAAUUAGCAAGACACCCCUAAUAAAGGAGUGGUUCUGCAGGUGAUAACCACAGACCACUUCUCAGUUCCUAUGCUUCCUGGCUGAUGUUUUGGUCACUUUUGAAUGCUGGCGGUGCUUUCACUCUAGUGGUAGCAUGAGACGGAGUCUACAACCCACACAAGUGGCUCAGGUAGUGCAGCUCAUCCAGGAUGGAACAUCAAUGCGAGCUGUGGCAAGAAGGUUAGCUGUGUCUGUCAGCGUAGUGUCCAGAGCAUGGAGGCGCUACCAGGAGACAGGCCAGUACAUCAGGAGACGUGUAGGAGGGCAACAACUCAGCAGCAGGACCGCUACCUCCGCCUUUGUGCAAGGAGGAGCAGGAGGAGCACUGCCAGAGCCCUGCAAAAUGACUUCCAGUAGGCCACAAAUGUGCAUGUGUCUGCUCAAACGGUCAGAAACAGACUCCAUGAGGGUGGUAUGAGGCCCCGACGUCAACAGGUGGGGGUUGUGCUUACAGCCCAAAACUGUGCAGGACGUUUGGCAUUUGCCAGAGAACACCAAGAUUGACAGUCAACGCCGUGGAGAACGUUCUGCUGCCUGCAACAUCCUCCAGCAUGACCGGUUUGGCGGUGGGUCAGUCAUGGUGUCUUUGGGGGGGCCGCACAGCUCUCCAUGUGCUCACCAGAGGUAGCCUGACUGUCAUUAGGUACCGAGAUGAGAUCCUCAGACCCCUUGUGAGACCAUAUGCUGGUGCGGUUGUCCCUGGGUUCCUCCUAAUGCAAGACAAUGCUAGACCUCAUGUGGCUGGAGUGUCAGCAGUUCCUGCAAGAGGAAGGCAUUGAUGCUAUGGACUGGCCUGCCCGUUCCCCAGACCUGAAUCCAAUUGAGCACAUCUGGGACAUCAUGUCUCGCUCCAUCCAACAACGCCACGUUGCACCACAGACUCCAGGAGUUGGCGGAUGCUUUAGUCCAGAUCUGGGAGGAGAUCCCUCAGGAGACCAUCUGCCACCUCAUCAGGAGCAUGGCCAGGCGUUGUAGGGAGGUUAUACAGGCACGUGGAGGCCACACACACUACUGAGCCUCAUUUUGACUUGUUUUAAGGACAUUACAUCAAAGUUGGAUCAGUCUGUAGUGUGGUUUUCCACUUUAAUUUUGAGUGUGACUCCAAAUCCAGACCUCCAUGGGUUGAUAAAUUUGAUUUCCAUUGAUAAUUUGUGUGAUUUUUGUCAGCACAUACAACUAUGUAAAGAAAAAAGUAUUUAAUAAGAUAAUUUCAUUCAUUCAAAUCUAGGAUGUGUUAUUUUAGUGUUCCCUUUAUUUUUUUUAGCAGUAUAUAUAUAUAUAUAUAUGUACAGUGCCUUGCGAAAGUAUUCGGCCCCUGGAGAGAGUUUGCUGCACUGAAAGUAAAGGGGCUGAAUAAUUUUGCACGCCCAAUUUUUCAGUUUUUGAUUUGUUAAAGUUUGAAAUAUCCAAUAAAUGUCGUUCCAAUGUCUUCACAAAAAAAUACAGUUUUAUAUCUUUGUUUGAAGCCUGAAAUGUGGCAAAAGGUCGCAAAGUUCAAGGGGGCCGAAUACUUUCGCAAGGCACUGUAUAUCUCAUGAUGACUGUUUUGAAGCCACUGUGCCUCCAUCUUGGCACUUCACCACAAUUUUUUGGGGAAGCUAUGGAAAUGCAUGUAUAAAUGUCUACCUUUUUGUUUUUGCCAUGUCUUUUAAUGCACACUUUUAACGAUAUUGUGAGCUAAACAUACUUUUUUAUUUGUAUAAAAUGUAUAACAUUUUCCUUAGUACAUUUAUAACUAAGUAAAAAAGUAUAUUACUGUUCCCACUGCUACAACAAAUACUUAAAUACAUAUAAUUUUGUCCUUAACGUUUAAUUGAAAUACUGUAGAAUUCCAUUCAUUACUAUGGAGGACUGCUUUUUCUGGGCGCUGCCAAUAUGGCCGCCCAGUGGCUUCAAAGUCUCUCAUUGGCCAACACAUAGCAUCAGCAAUCCAGGGUGUAUAAACAUCUGAACUCAGCAAAGAAAGAAACGCCUCUAUUUCAGGACCCUGUCUUUCAAAGCUAAUUCUUAAAAAUCCAAGUAACUUCACAGAUAUUUGUUGUAAAGGGUUUAAAUACUGUUUCCCAACAAUUAAUGAACAUGCACCUGUGGAACGGUCAUUAAGACACUAACAGCUUACAGACAGUAAGGUCACAGUUAUGAAAACUUAGGACACUAAAGAAGCUUAUCUACUGACUGAAAUAUGCCCAGGGUCCCUGCUCAUGUGCGUGAAUGUGGCUUAGGCAUGCUGCAAGGAGGCUUGAGGACUGCAGAUAUGGUCAGGGCAAUAAAGUGCAAUGUCCGUAUAGUGAGACGCCUAAGACAGCGCUACAGGACGGACAGUUGAUCGUCCUCGCAGUGGCAGACCACAUGUAACAACACCUGCGCAGGAUCAGUACAUCCGAACAUCACACCUGCGAGACAGGUACAGGAUGGUAACAACAACUGCCUGAGUUACACCAGGAACGCACAAUCCCUCACUCCAGUGCUCAGACUGUCUGCAAUAGGCUGAGAGAGGCUGGACUGAGGGCUUGUAGGCCUGUUGUAUGGCAGGUCCUCACCAGACAUCACCGGCAACAACGUUGCCUAAGGGCACAAAUCCACCAUCACUGGACCAGACAGGACUGGCAAGAAGUGCUCGUCACUGACGAGUCACGGUUUUGUCUCAUCGGGGGGAUGGUCGAAUUAGCUUUUAUUAUUGACGGAAUGAGUGUUACACCGAGGUCUGUACUCUGGAGUGGGAUUGAUUUUGGAGGUGGAAGGUCUGUUAUGGUCUGGAGCGGUGUGUCACAGCAUCAUUGAACUGAGCUUGUUGUCAUUGCCUGCAAUCUCAAAGCUGUGCGUUACAGGGAAGACAUCCUCCUCCCUCAUGUGGUACCCUUCCUGCAGGCUCAUCCUGACAUGACCCUCCAGCAUGACAAUGCCACCAGCCAUACUGCUCGUUCUGUGCAUGAUUUCCUGCAAGACAGGAGUGUCCGUGUUCUGUCAUGGCCAGCGAAUAGCCCAGAUCUAAAUCCCAUUGAGCACAUCUGUGACCUGUUGGAUUAGAGGGUGACGUCUAGGACCAUUCCCCCCAGAAUUGUCCGGGAACUUGCAGGUGCCUUGGUGGAAUAGUGGGGGUAACCGCAAGUAAUCUCACAGCAAGAACGGGCAAAUCUGGUGCAGUCCAUGAGGAGGAGAUGCAAUGUAGUACUUAAUUCAGCUGGUGGCCACACCAGAUACUGACUGACUUUUGAUUUUGACCCCCCUUUUUGUUCAGGGACACCAUUAUUCAAUUUCCAUUAGUCACAUGUCUGGAACUUGUUCAGUUUGUCUGUUGUUAAAUCUUGUUAUGUUCAUACAAAUAUUUACACAUGUUAAGUGUGCUGAAAAUAAACGCAGUUGACAGUGAGAAGACGUUUCUUUUUUUGCUGAGUUUAGUACUUAAUUUGUAAAUUGGGAGGUGCCGGUGUUGUGCCGAAAAGUUCCCUCCUGCCAGAAUCCCCCCUUCCCUCGCGUGAACGCGCAUGCACUCAAUUCUUCAUUGCUGUUACUUGCUAGUUGGGAUUUCUGAUCAAGUUAGGCUGUGUUUCACUUUAUUUGUUAUGUCUGUGUGAUUGCGGGGGAGGCACUAGUAAUGUCUGCAGUUUUUGGUUUGGCUGUUUGUUUCAAGUGUAUUAGUCUAUAAAUAAAUCUCUACCAAAAUUCA